CCCAUUGCUAUAUCUAUCAUUUUUAUGGCUCCAUCAUUAGAGAGCAAUAAAAUUGUUGUUAUUGAUGAUGAAUCCAAUAAGAAUCUUCUUAAAGAAGAAGAAGAAGAUGGAAUGCUUUUUGCAAUGGACUUGGGGGUUUUAGUGGCGCUUCCAAUGGCUGUUAAGACUGCAUUCGAGCUUGGAAUCUUCGACAUAAUAGCCAAAGGUGGUGAACAUGCAAAGCUCUCAUCUGAAGACAUUGCAUCACAGAUUGGUAGCAUAAACCCUAAUGCACCCUCGAUGCUGGAUCGCCUUCUUAGGCUCCUUGCAAGUCAUUCUUUGUUGUCUUGUUCAUCACUUCCUCAAGUCACCAAAGAUGAAAAUGAUCAAGAACAUGAGCUUAUUGCAUCUCCUAAGAAGAAUGUGUAUAGUCUUACAGCUGCUGCUUCCAAAUAUUUUGUGACUGAUGAUGAUGGUGUCAAUUUUGGACACAGUUUGAGCUUGAUUCUGGAUAAGGUUUUCUUGGAAAGCUGGAGUGAACUGAAAGGAGCAAUAUUGGAAGGAGGUGUGCCAUUUGUUAGGGCUAAUGGGAUGCAUGCAUUUGAGUACCCAAGUGUGGAUCCAAGGUGUGUGAAACAUGUGGGAGGAGAUAUGUUUGAGAGUGUUCCUAACGGAGAUGCCAUUUUCAUGAAGUGCAUACUUCAUGAUUGGAGUGAUGAACAUUGCUUGAAGGUGUUGAAGAAUUGCCAUAAAGCCAUUCCUGAAGAUGGAAAAGUGAUUGUUGUGGACACAAUGGUUCCGGUUUUGCCGGAGAAUAAAACCGCCGCUAAGGUUGCUUUCAAAGCUGACUUAUUGAUGAUGACUCAAAACAUUGGAGGAAAAGAGAGAACCAAACAUGACUUCAUUCAUUUGGCCACUGCUUCUGGAUUUUCUUCCAUCAAAUUUGUGUGCUCUGUCUCUGGAUAUUGGGUUAUGGAGUUCUACAGGUAGACACACUUAUGUAUCUAGAGUCCUAUAUAUAUAUAUAUUUUGGUGAGUGUAUCUAAAUAAAUAAAAAAAAAACACACUCACGUACAGAUUAAAAUAGUAUAUA